AUAAUUGCAUUGAACAUUGAUUGAACAAUGGCUAAGGUCAUGUCUAGCAAAUUUUUAAUUUUACUCCUCGUAGGAUUUUCCGUCGCUUUUGCGUACGCGAAUCCAGAACCAUUCCCUGAAGAUGAAACCUCUCCAGUCGCUCAAAAGUUACCUCUGCGUGAACGAAUGAGCCGAUGGUGGUCGAAAUUCAAAAACGACGCCAAGGAGAGCGCCAACGAGAUACGCGAGAAAAUCGUUCAUUUUUGGGACAGAGUCACGGGCAAGGAGGCCGAGAUCGCCAAGGAACAGUUGGAAGAGUUGGAAAAUCGCGUGAAGGAAAUCGACCAAACCUACAAGACGCAGCUCUCGACGAAAGUCACCGAGAUCGAGAACUUGAAGAAGGUCGUGGCCGAGCGCGAGGAUGACGCCGAAAAACAAUCGGAAUUGGAAGCAUCGUUAAAAGCCCAGAUUGAGGAACUGAAAAAGCUGCGAGAGGGAGCCGAAGACAGAUUGACCGAGGUGAAUCAACUGUACCAUAAAUUACUCGCGAAUCUGAAGAAAAAGUCCGAGAAGAAGGAGGAGAAGGAAAAAAUGAAGGACUCUGAGAGGGAGAGGAAGGUGCAAGAGGAGAGGGCUCGUAGAGCCGAAGAGCGCAGACAGAAGGAAGAAAGAAGAUUAAGACACGAGGAGAGACAUCAUCGACUUCAUUAAAAAUGUUUUUGAUUUGCUUCGAUUCGUCGCAAUAAAGUGAACGAUUAAAAGAAAAAAA